GACUGGUUAGAGCAUCAGCACUUUCUACUGCAGUCCUCUGAGCAGCAUCAUGAUGGAGAAGAUCUUGUUGGGACUUUUGUUUCUUUUAGACUGGGUGGUCCUCACCACCUGCCUCCAUCAUCGGUACCAUUUUAUUAGUCAAUCUUUGACUUGGACUGAAGCUCAGACCUACUGCAGACAGAAGCACACAGACCUGGCCACCAUCCUAAACUCUGAGCAACAGAACCAACUUAUCGACACUCUUACAUCUGCUGGACACAGCUCUGACGUCUGGAUUGGUCUGUUCAGUGAAAUCCACUGGAAAUGGUCUGAUGGUUACACUGGGAGUGGAGCUGACUACAGAGACUGGCAUAUAAAUCAACCAUCAUGGUAUGACCUUAAUGAGUUAUGUGUAGGAUCAUACAGCUAUGGGGAAUGGUUUGAUGCUACCUGCACAGGAAAUCGUCAGUUUUUGUGUUACAAAGGCUCACACUUGGAUCCUGAAUUUGUUUAUGUGACUACUACAAUGUCCUGGUCCGAUGCACAGUCAUACUGCAGAAAUAACUUUGUUGAUCUGGCCACCAUAAAAAAUGACACAGAGAACCAACGAGUCCAGAGCCUGAUAUCCAGUGGCCAAUAUCCAUGGAUUGGUCUAUAUAGAGAUGCAAAUCUUCACUGGUCUGAUGGGAGCAGCGUCCUCUUUUCUAGCUGGGAUUCCUUUGGUAUUGUGAUUGGCUCCAGGAAAGUCAUAUGUGGUGCUACAUCUACUGGAAUAUCAGGAAGAUGGAAAAUUUUUCCCUGUGAAACAAGAUUACAAUUUGUCUGUUAUGGUCCUCCUGUUACAAAACAGAUAGUGAAGCUCAGACUUCACACAGAGGACUUUGUGGAACUAAAUGACCCUGUUCUAAGAGAAAACAUCCUGAAAAAGCUUCAGAACAGACUGCAGGAGAACGGAGUGAGUGGAGUUACCCUGAAGUGGAGGGAGCAGCCUGAUGGGAGAAUCUUCAAAAAAGGGAAGAAAGAAUUAUAAACCCAAAAAUAUGAGAUCUGUUUGCUUUAUUUUAGAUUACAAUAAAGUUUUUAUUAUUCGGAAAUAGAGUAAUUGUAGAUCAAUAUUUGUAGCAGUGUGACCUAUUAUAUAUAAAUGUAUAUAUGGUUAAAAUUUGCAAUUUUCUGUUCAUACUUUUUUUUUUCAUUAGAAUUAUUUCCCAUUAAUUGAUUUCACUGUGUUUAGUU